AUGCGGCACUUCUGGGGACCAGUAAUAAAUUGGGGUCUGCCCAUGGUCGCUGUCAUGGAUAUGAGGAAGAGCCCAGAAAUAAUCAGUGGUCGAAUGACCUUCGCACUUACCUGUUACUCGCUCAUUUUUAUGAGGUUCUCAUAUAGGGUCCAGCCCCGAAACUGGCUUCUGUUUGCUUGCCACAUGGCUAAUGUGACGGCACAAACAAUCCAGGGAGGCCGGCUCAUCCGACACAAAAUGCAGAACAAAAAUGCGAAAUGAGCCUUUGUAUGUUGUAGAGCAGAGCACAGACGGGUUCGUGCAGAUAAGUGAAACUGAGGAAGAUUUCUGCCAGAUCCAUGCAUCAGAUCGAGAGAGCAGCUGCUAAAAUGCCAUUAUGUAGCAGCAAACAGAUAUUUGAAGCUGCUGGUGCCUCUGGAGUCCCAUGGACAUCAAGGUGUAGAGUCCUCCACUGCAACUGUGCAUAAACCUUCUAUUCGGCCACCACUAACCAGUGCUCACAAGCAGAAACUGUCCAAAUACACAUGUUCAAUGGAUGCAAGAGUUGUGAAGCUGCUAUCAAAUAAGGGGUCCUAUGUCAAAAUGUGACGUGACCUGUUUGAUUUCAGUACAUAUGCUGCAAACACAACAAAUGACAAUUUUCAGUUCUUCACUUAUAAAGUGUUUUGCAGCUUACUGUGCAUAAUAAUUUGGAACAGUUCAUUGUAAGUGUUUUAUUUGACAAAAAAAUACUGUAAUCAUUACAUUUGUUCAAUAAAAUUUGAAUUGCACUCAAUAGUUGACAA